AGUAAGUUUCACUUCUCAGCGAUACAGGAAGCAAAAGCUGCAGUUGAUAGUUCAACGACGGAGGAACAGCGAGGACGUGUGCUCAGAUGUACAUCAGAAGUCAGGAGCUGACUUUCAACUUGGCAAAAACUUCAUCCUGCAGUAACUGAGGGGACCCAGGGAAAUGUUUCCAUCUGUGAUAGUAGUGCUCCUGCUCAUCUCUUUAACCUGUGGGGAAAAUCCUGCAGUACAAGUCAUUCUGACCAACAAAGGACUUCAGUACGGAAAGAAUGUAGGUGCAGGAUGGAUUCAGGACAAGUUGGAACUUAUCACUCUCCCUGAUAUCAGUGGUGGAGUUGACAUCGUCAUUGGCACCAUAUACUACACACUAACAGGCAUCACCAUAACAAAGUGUGACUUCCCAGAGCCGUCUGUUGAGUUCUAUGAGGACACCACAGGAUUCAAGACAUCCAUCGCAGGCCUCAGUGUCGCACUAACCGGCGGGUGGAGGACAAACUUUGGCGCAAUACAUGACAGGGGAUCAUUCGACAUGGCUAUAUUUAAUGUGGAUGUGACCUCUGUGGUGGAGCUGGGGAAAGAUCCUGACGGGCAUCUGUCUAUCACCAGUGUCAGCUGUGACGCUCAAGUUGGAGAUGUGGACAUAGAGUUCCAUGGUGGAGCCAGUUGGAUCUUCCAGCCUUUUGUGAAGCACUUUAAGGGGCGUAUCAGUGGUGAAAUAGAGGAGAGAAUCUGCCCUAAUGUGAGGGAAUCCAUUGUAAACUUGGAGUACCACCUACAGGCCGCAAAUGUUUCCUUUGAUGUGAAUGAAGACAUUACCUUUGACCUCCCUCUCACCGGCUUACCUGUUAUUGAUGCUUCAAGUCUGAAUCUAGGUCUUAAGGGAGAGUUCUACAGUACCAAAACUCAUGAAGAGCCUCCCUUUGAGGCCCAGUCGUUCACUAUGCCUGAGCAGCCGGGAUACAUGUUGUCAAUGGGCCUGUCUGAAUUCACUCUGAACUCUGCCUCCUAUGGAUACUUCUCAGCUGGACUGCUUCAGACGAGCAUCAAUGAUAGCAUGAUACCGCCAGGCUCUCCUAUGCACCUAAAUACCAGCUCAAUGGGGCGUUUCAUUCCUCAGCUUCCCAAGAUGUUUCCAGGUCUUCUGAUGAAUCUGCUGGUUUAUGCCAGAGAGGCUCCACUGUUUUCAUUCCACCCCGGUGCUGUUAAACUGGACUUCCAGGGUGCUGUAAAGGCCUUCGCCAUCCAGCCAAAUGGUACCCAGACCCCACUGUUCAAACUCAAUGUUGACUCAACGUUCAGCGGUAAAGUGUGGAUUGCUGAUGACACACUGAAGGGCUCCAUGGGAAUGAACAAUUUUACACUGACGCUGGCAGCAAGUGAAGUGGGAACCUUUAAGACCGACGCUAUGGAAAGCUUUGCAAAGAUGUUAUCACCUGUAGUCAUGGCAGCUGUGAAUAAGAAACUGGGCAUCGGUGUUGCUUUACCCAGAAUGAAACAAGCACAGCUGAUCAACACAGUUCUGAAGAUAGAAGAGGGAUUUAUAGCCAUCUCUUCAGAUGCUCAGGUGCUGCCAACAGACAGAGGCUUCAACUGACAGACAGACCAACCUGUUUAACUCUGGUACAUUAAACAUGGAUGCUCUUCAUCUAAGUUCACACAAACCAGACAUAUCUGUAUCUGACACCACAUGAUAAAAGCACACGUGUGUUUAAAAGUGUUUGUAUUCUGGACAUUAAAUCAUUAAGCCUUGCCAUGCAGUACAUAAUCAAUAUUUCUGUGCUCACAAUUUACAAUCAACAAUCAAAUUAACAGUGAUUAAGCCUCCGGUUCAACUUUAUAACUGCUUAUAAAGUGGAAGUGUGCCUUAGAUCUUUUUCACAUUUGCUUUGACAAUGUAAACAUUUGUUUCCCAUGCUAAUAAAACCUAUUUGUAUGUUUUUAAGAA